CUGACCUUCUAUUGGUUCAGUGGGUAAAAUGCAACCUCUGCAACUGCCAAUUGUAUUUAUCUGCCUGCUGGCUCUUGGCCAAGCUUGCCAGGACUCAGCUUCAACAACGACUACUAAGGACUGGUGGGAAAAUGCACAGUUCUAUCAGAUCUAUCCCCGCUCCUUCAUGGACUCCGAUGGAGAUGGCAUCGGAGAUCUGAAUGGCAUCACCAGUAAGCUGGAGUAUCUCAAGGAGCUGGGCGUAACAGCUGCUUGGCUCUCUCCCAUUUUCAAGUCUCCCAUGGUGGACUUUGGCUAUGACAUCUCUGAUUUCUUCGACAUACAGCCAGAGUAUGGCACGUUAGAGGACUUUAGAAACCUCAUUAAGAAAGCCAACGAAUUGGAGCUAAAGAUUAUCUUGGACUUUGUGCCUAAUCAUUCGAGUGAUGAAAACGAAUGGUUCAAGAAGUCUGUGAAGCGGGAGAAGGGAUACCAGGAUUACUAUGUGUGGCAUGAUGGCAAAGUGAAUGCGUCGACUGGAGUGCGGGAACCGCCUUCAAAUUGGUUGCAGGCUUUUCGGGGAAGCGCUUGGGAAUGGGUCGAGGAACGUCAGCAGUAUUACUUGCAUCAAUUUGCAGUACAGCAGGCGGAUUUGAAUUAUCGUAAUCCCGAUGUGGUUGCUCAGAUGAAGCGAGUGUUGCGAUAUUGGCUGAAUGAGGGCGUGGCAGGCUUCAGAUGUGAUGCAGUUCCCGUAUUAUUUGAGGUGGAACCCGAUGAGAAUGGACAGUAUCCUGACGAAGGAUUGAGUGGCCUGACCGAUGAUGUAGACAAUCGCAACUAUUUGAAGAACGAAUUGAUUGAGAAUCGCCCUGAGACCAUUGACAUGUCCUACCAGUGGCGCACUGUGAUGGACGAUUAUCAGCGCAUUCAUGGCGGGGAGACGAGAGUAUUGCUUAUUGAGACUUAUGCUCCGCCUGCCUACACAAUGCAAUUUUACGGCAAUCGGUCGGUGGAAGGCGCCCAUCUGCCGUUUAACUUCAAUCUGAUUACAGUGCCUGCUAGCAGUGGUGUCUCAGCUGGUUCCAUUAAGACAGCCGUGGAUAACUGGCUGCUGAAUAUGCCGUCGGGACGCACUGCUAAUUGGGUGAUUGGCAAUCAUGAUCAACGUCGAGCUGCCAGUCGCUAUGGUGUGGCAAAUACGGAUGCCAUGAAUAUGCUGGUCAUGAUACUGCCAGGCGCCAGUGUGACUUAUCAGGGCGAGGAGCUGGGCAUGACUGACGGCUGGAUCAGCUGGGAAGACACUCAAGAUCCAGCUGCCUGUAAUGCUAACGAAGACACCUACGAAGAAUUUACUCGCGAUCCGUCUCGAACUCCCUUCCAGUGGACAAGUGACACCAAUGCGGGCUUCUCCACUGCUGCCAAGACUUGGCUGCCUCUCGCCAGUGACUAUGAGACUGUUAAUGUGGCUAUGGAAAGUGCUGCAUCCAAGUCGCAUCUGACCAUCUACAAGUCGCUCAUAGAGUUGCGCAAGGGUUCGAAGACACUACAGAAUGGUGCCACCAAAUAUGCUGUGCUCAAUGAGGAAGCGUUUGUAGUCAAGCGCUACUUAUCUGGCUAUCCCAUCAUCGUUUACGUGGCCAAUUUGGGCAAUGCCAGUCUUACAGUUGAUCUACAAGAAUUCGACACGACUUUGGCGUCCUCAUUAACUAUGGAAAUAAGCAGCUUAGAUUCUCAGAAGACAGAGGGCGCAUUGAUUGAAGUCAGCAGCAUUGCGUUGUCUGCCGGAGAAGCUUUGGUCCUUACAUCGAUUUAAAUGCAACAAAGUUCUUUGCAAUUAUUUAAUUUUAAGCCUAACCAAUUAACUUGUCUAUCGCAUACUUGAAUAAAAAACAAGUUGUACACAUC